AUGUCCUCAUCCGACAACGAUUGCGAUGAUUGCACACCCGAAUACCUGCGGGCCCCGACCCUCCUCCGCUCCUCAACCCUCAUCUCCUUUGCCCCGUUCAUCCUCACCUUCCUCCUCGUCUUCCUCGUCGCCCUGAGCAAGCUCUUUCCUCGCCUCUCCGGCUCCGCGACCUCUUCAACCCCUUCGAGCCGCCGCAGCCAUGAGCAAGGCCCUCUACAUACCCGAGAUGGGCCAGCGGGACGCACGGGGUGGACGUUCCAGGUGCCGCGGUUGUCGAAAGACAGGAUUGCAGCGGUGACAUUCUCCGCAAGCUUUGCGCUGUCGAUGGUGUUGAUCGAGCUUAUACUCUGCGAGAUCUCGGGCGCCCUUGACCCUAGAGCUCGGGCAAUUUCUCUGCGGAUAUCGAUCCCAGCGCUGUUAUUCCUCCUUCUAGUGGCUGCGCCGGCCCUAGAAAUCCACUCCGUCCUCUCUGCGGCGGGUUGGGGCAUCAAUGGCACUUCCAGUGGAGACUCCUCUCGAACAGCAUGGAUCUUCGAAUGCCUAGGCCUUGCGAUGUGGCUCUUCGGCUUCUGGUACUUUGGUACCGCCAUGCUGAACAUGUACCGGAGCGGGAACGGCACCCAUUCCGACAAAAACAAUGGCUUCAUUGCCGCACUGCUCUCUCGCAUCGGUAUUUUUGGCAUCUCCAUGAUGGCCUGCCUCGCCGGUUUUGCGGCCAUCAGUGCCCUGUGGCAGACAUUCGGAGUGAAACCCGCCUCCGUGAGCGAAUCGGACGUAUCACGAAAACAAGCCGGACUGAACGCCACCUCCGAGCUCCUUGCGGCCAAGGAAUCUCGCCUCCGCGCCCUCACCCGCAAGAUCUCCGAAUCCCCCUCGGAAGGCAUCUUCUCCCGCCUAGUCGGCGCCAUCCGCGCCUCCCCCGACACUCAAGAACUCCGCCUCCUCCGCCUCGAGAUCUCCGGCCUCGAAGCCACCCGCUACUCCCUCAGCGACCAGCUCCUCGCCCUCCAGACCCGGCGCACCGUCCAACUCCGCGCCCACACCCCCCUCGGCCGCCUCCUCCACGCCUUCUCCUUCCUCUUCGCCCUCUACUGCGCCUACCGCAUCCUCACCACCUCCCUCUCCUCCCUCCACCGCGCCGUCUCCCCCUCCUCCGCUGCCGCCACCUCCGCCACCGACCCCGUCACCCAGAUCCUCACCCUCCUCGCCAAGCUCUGGGAUCCCUCCCUCGACCGCGCCACCUGGAGCCGCCAGCUCUCCUUCCUCCUCUCCGGUGGCAUGCUCUUCGCGUCCUUCAACAGUGCCCUACAGACCUUCCUGCUCCUCGCGCGCGCCUUCCCGUCGCUCGUACGCCUAAUCCGCGUGAACUUCGCGCUGCUACUCGGGCAGAUCUGCGGGACCUACGUCAUUUCGUCCGCGCUGUUGCUGCGGGGGCAUUUGCCGAAGGAGGUAGGCGGGGUGGUGGCGGAGAUUCUCGGGGCGCCGCUGGAGCCGAAGAUGGGGGAGGCGUGGUUUGAUGGGUGGUUUUUGGUGGCAUGUGGAGUGACGGGGUUGGGGAUUUGGGUUGGGAGGCGGGUGGUGGGG